CACUUCCUGGUUCCUGUCGGCCCCACCUCCCCGCCGAACACAGCGUAAGGGGCGGCGGCGGCGGCGGGGCCGUGCCGGUGCUCCGCGGGGCGGAUGGGGCGCGGCGCUGUGCGGCGGCAUUGGCGGAGGCCUGUGGGAUGCAAGUAUGGACAUAAUAGCCUAUGAUGCUUACUCCAGUCCACCGCUUCCGAGAUAUUGAAAGGAAACCUGAAUACCUCCAGCCAGAAAAGUGUGUCCCACCUCCUAGCCACGCUUCCCUGGGAACAAUGUGGUUUAUUCGAGAUGGCUGUGGUAUUGCAUGUGCUGUCGUUACCUGGAUGCUGGUGUUCUAUGCCGACUUUGUAGUCCUCCUUGUUAUGCUAGUUCCAUCAAGAGAUUAUGUUUAUAGCGUCAUCAAUGGCACACUGUUCAACACCUUGGCUUUCCUCGCUUUGGCUUCACAUUUUCGUGCUAUGCUGACAGAUCCAGGUGCUGUACCCAAAGGUAAUGCCACAAAGGAGUUCAUUGAGAGUUUACAGCUAAAGCCAGGACAGGUGGUUUACAAGUGCCCAAAGUGUUGUAGCAUCAAACCUGACAGAGCACAUCACUGCAGUGUUUGCAAGAGGUGUAUUCGGAAAAUGGAUCAUCACUGCCCGUGGGUCAAUAACUGUGUAGGAGAGAAUAACCAGAAGUACUUUGUACUGUUUACAAUGUAUAUAGCACUGAUUUCCCUGCAUGCUCUAAUCAUGGUGGGAUUUCACUUCUUGUAUUGCUUUGAAGAAGACUGGACAAAAUGCAGUUCCUUCUCUCCGCCAACUACAGUGAUUCUUCUCAUCCUCUUGUGUUUUGAGGCUCUCCUAUUCCUCAUCUUCACCUCGGUUAUGUUUGGGACCCAAGUACACUCCAUCUGCACUGAUGAAACGGGAAUAGAACAGUUGAAAAAGGAAGAGAGAAGAUGGGCUAAAAAAACAAAAUGGAUGAACAUGAAAGCAGUAUUUGGCCAUCCGUUCUCUAUAGCAUGGCUUAGCCCAUUCGCAACACCAGACCAAGGAAAAGCAGACCCGUACCAGUAUGUGGUCUGAGGAAUUCCUGACCAGCAUUUCCACUAAGAUAGAAACAUAUUACAGCACUACUGCUACAAAUUUUCCAUGAAUGUUUCAAACAAAAAGCAAAACAAACUUUUUUAUGUCUAUUCAAUGGCUGAUAAUUGCAGAGUCAAAAAAAACAAAGGGCCCUGUAUUUCACAAUAUCAAUUGGAGAUCUCUGGCUGAAAGUGCUGCUGCUUUUCUUACCCCCCCCUUCCCUUCUUUUUCUUUCUCUCUUUUUUUUUCCCCCUUUUUUUUUUUUUUUAUAUUUUAAUUUUGUUAACUUCCCUGGCAUUUGUUUCUCUCUGCUUUCUGUAUGGCAUAACUAAUGUGAAGGGGAUCCUCUUUCUCUGUUGUGCCCCACCUCUUCUGAGUGGAUUCUCAUGCUGUCCUCCUGACUGUGAUGAGCUCUUUGGAAGACAUAUGAGUGCCAACAGCCCUUCACAGAUACCUUUGGACUUCCUGAAGGAGCACAUUGCUCUUUCAUAAGUGAACUUGAUCGGGGCAGCAGACACUUCACUUACCAAAAGGUGCAAGACAAGAACGCAGCACUGCAAGAGGGCCAGUUGACCUGGUGAUCACAUACAGUACUUAACAUAUUGCCAACACCAGUUCCCACCCCACCCUCCUUUUUCCUUCCAGGCACAGAACUGAUUCCAUCUUUCUGCAUUGUUUUGUCUGUUCCCUCCCUGGUGUGCAGGAAAUUGUUGCCCUCUUAGGAUAAUGGUGGCAGAUUUAGAAGACUCUUUGGAUUAUUAAAUGCCUUACACUUUGCAGGAAAGAAAGAAAUCUAAUUUCCAAGUGUUUAGAAUAGCAGAAUCAUGUUUGUGUGUGUUUGUCUUGGUAAUGACUUGUUAGAGCAAUGCCUGCUAAACAGUGUUAACGUGAAAAACUGACCUGAAUGCCUAGAUUACUAUAAAGACUGAUACUGAUGGGAUGUGUAGGUGUCCUGGGGUGAUGGAUUCUAUACUCUCAGCGUUGCCCUGGUUUAGAGCUUUGUAAAUCUUUUCUCAUACUUGUGCAUACAUGUGUAGGUGUGUAAGCACGCACAUGUAUGUGUGAGUGUUUUAAAUUGGGAAAUAGUUAUGGUAAGGAGCAUGCAUACCCUUAUGAGCUGUGUGGUGAUGCAAGUGGGAGGGACAGAAGGCAUUCCAAAACCAGGUAGAGCUAACCCAUUCUUAACUACAGCUGACAGUUUGUGUUCAGGCAGGAGCUCUAUUAUAGUUUUGGAUCGUGAUUCCUGUGGGCUCAUCAAAUGAAUUGCAAGCAAAGGAAAAAUACAACUCAGCUGUGUCCAUGACUUCCAAGGAAUCUUUGCUUUCCUUGGUUUAAGAUGAAAUGGGAUUUUUUUUGUUUAGAUUGCUUCAAAGCCAUGGGGGAAGGGAGGGAAAUCAGGGAAGGAGAAACCGAAUGGAUGUCUCAUUUUGGAAGUAAUGUGAAUGCUGCAUCUUUUCAAUCUGUCAAUGCUUCCAUAUGGAAAACAAAUGCAAUAAAACUUUUCCAAAAACUUG